AUGUUAGAGACCAUCCGUUUGGACACUGAGCUUAAGAAUCCGUUGGGCUUUGAGAAGAAGCAGAACGUGACGGACGCCAAGUUUUUCCCGCAAAUUGAGAAAUUCAUGCCAUCAGUGGAUCCCAAACAACGAGAAUAUGUGGCCGCUCUUUACGAUACGGACGAAGACAUCCUUUACAUGGGUCUCAAACACGACGACACGUAUUGCAUAACACAUCUGUAUAUGAAGAAAAUGAUCCACAAUAUGGACGAAUGGCCGCGAAAUAAGUUCAGCCACGGUUGGCACCCGGACUGGCAGUACGGCACCUGCUUUCAGGGCAAUCUGAUCGGUAUGUUUUAUCUCAGAGGUCAGGCAUAUGUGGUCGGAAGGGUCUUGUAUUCCUCUCGUGUCUACGAGGAUCAGGUCUACCGAAUGUCCGCCAAUCAGUUCCACGAGACCGUCGAUAUACAACCAGAGUACCAAUCAGUGGAGAGCGACAACAAGAAAGAGGUGGUUAUGGUUCACAAUUUGCGGACAUUCUUCGGCUGCGACUUUGAGCAGCUGUCGAGUCGGAGGAAGAGGAGGAGCAGGCGAUCCAAACUCCGAGUUCUCAACAGUGUUUAG